ACCACGCACUUUCUGAGCUUCAAGUUCAAGAAAAGAGCACUGCUUGGAACCACACAAUGAAUCGCAUCGGUCGUUGCUUUGGUUGUAGCUACGGACAAUAGAAUUUGGAGAUGAUGAUCCGACGAUCGACAGGACUGCUAUUAGUGUUGGCGACACUUUGCCACUCGCUGGUUGUGCCACAGUUUCAGACCAGGCAUCAAGAAAGACAGCGUCAUGUGGGCAAGCUGGGAAUGGCCGAUGAGGGUAGCAUCACUGUUUCGACGGACAAGUACGAUAUAGUCAAGGUGGAUCUAGAUGAUGGCCGUGAUUAUCCAAUUUACAUUGGUACAGGAUAUGACGAUGGAGAAGCCGCACAAUUGUUGCAAUCGCAUAUCAAGGGAUCCAAAGUACUUUUGAUCACCAACGACCGAAUUGCACCAAUGUAUUUGGAAAAGUACGAACAACUCUUGAAACAGGACUCUGACUUGCAGGUAGAAACCUUGGUAUUGCCGGACGGAGAAGAACACAAAACCAUGGAAGUGCUACAGAAAAUCUUGGAUAAAUCCUUGGAAUGCGCCCUGGAUAGGAAAGCUACCUUUGUCGCACUGGGAGGUGGUGUUAUUGGAGACAUGGUCGGUUUUGCCGCGGCCAUUUACCAACGAGGAAUCAACUUUGUCCAAAUUCCUACCACUGUCAUGGCAAUGGUCGAUAGUUCUGUUGGUGGAAAAACUGGAGUCAACCAUCCUUUGGGAAAAAACAUGGUCGGAGCCUUUCAUCAACCCCAGUGUGUCUACAUUGAUACCGAAACCUUGAGUACUCUGCCCGACCGAGAAAUGCAAAGUGGAUUCUCCGAAAUUGUCAAAUACGGUCUCAUUCGGGAUGCCGAGUUCUUUGAAUGGCAAGAGGAACAUAUCGAAGAAAUGAUGGCACGGGAUCCACAGGCACUCCGAUACGC